CAUGGACACUAUAAAGCAGAUGUAUGAGCAGAUAGGAGGCUAAUUUGUGAUCGACAUGAGAGGAAUUACGCUUCUGGGUUUGGUGGGAUUCAUUCUCACAGCCUCGUGGCCUAAAGGAAGCAUGGUGCCGCUAACCAUGCCCACAUCACCUAAACCGAUCCAAGACACAAGACCUCUGAUCAGUGUCUGGAACCCUCUUGACAAUGACUCUGGUUUUCCGCAGCUGCCAGCAGGUAUACAUCCGAUGGAAAAUGAGAAUGGAACUAACACAACAACCAACUCAUCAAUGGUACUACAGGAUCGCAGAAACUAUAUAAUACAGUUAAAUGGUACUCGGGAAGUAGUUGACAACACAGAUGGGUUCCAACCACCUCCUGAUGGAGAGGACACCCAGUGGCCUAAAGGAAGCAUGGUGCCGCUUACCAAGGACACAAGACCUCUGAUCAGUGUCUGGAACCCUCUUGACAAUGACUCUGGUUUUCCGCAGCUGCCAGCAGGUAUACAUCCGAUGGAAAAUGAGAAUGGAACUAACACAACAACCAACUCAUCAAUGGUACUACAGGAUCGCAGAAACUAUAUAAUACAGUUAAAUGGUACUCGGGAAGUAGUUGACAACACAGAUGGGUUCCAACCACCUCCUGAUGGAGAGGACACCCAGGGAAAAAACUAAAAAUGAAAGACGACACGUCAGAGGGCUUAACUCAUUAGAUACAAAUACAUGUUGAUCCCUAAUGGAGAAGUACCGCCAUCAGGAUGUAAAAACACCAGGCAUAUCAUCAUUCUGCUACUGCUUCUUUUCAUUAAACAUUUCAUCAAAACCAUUA